AAGUUGAAUGUUUUUUCUUUCAACCUCCGGUGGUUUCGCGCAAGUCAAAUCCAAUAUGGCGGUUAACAGACUAACAUGUUUGGGGUUAAAUGCCCUUUAUUCCACCGUCUGCGUCCCAAAACAGGCAUUGAGGAGCUGCUGGGGGGCGGUGGAGCAGGUGAGAAGUUACUAUGUUGACUGGAGGAUGCUGAGGGAUGUCAAGAGGAGGCAGAUGGCCUUUGACUAUGCUGAUGAGAGGUUACGAAUUAACGCACUGAGGAAGAACACCAUCCUACCCAAAGAGCUUCAGGAGAUAGCAGACAAAGAGAUUUCAGCACUACCCAGAGACAGCUGCCCUGUGAGGAUACGUAACAGGUGUGUGAUGACUUCCCGACCACGAGGAGUGAAGCGGAGGUGGCGUCUUAGCCGUAUUGUCUUUCGUCAUCUAGCUGACCACAAUCAGAUGUCUGGGAUUCUGAGAGCAAGGUGGUGAUGAGGUCUCACUGGACAUUUUGAAAAACAAGAUUUUUCAGUGGUUAUCAGUAGACAGCUACAUUUGAUUACUUGUGUAAAUUAUGUUUUCCUUGGUCAGUAAGGUGCUGUUGCUUCCUUAUUAGCCUUCUUAAUAUAAAAAAUGAGAAAGUUGAUAUGAGUACUGAUAAAUAAAUGAAUAUUGUUGUACAUUACAGUUUUGUGAGUGUCUUGGUUUAUUAUAAAAUGUUAUGUGUAAUAUAAAAGUUUUAUAAAAGUUUAGCAUCUUCUACUGUCACAGGAAAAGAAGUAAGUUAUUUUUUAAGGUAAUGGCUGCCCUAAAAUGAGAUGUAAUUCAUAGGCAAGAAAGCCCACAUUUUCCUUUCACUUACUUUCUUUUCAUUUAUUCUGUAUGUAAUAUAUAACUGGUCUUUUAUGUAGUUGAAAAGUAUCUAAGAUGUAACAAAUACCAAACGUGUGGAACGUUUGCUUCAAAGCAGGAUGGAUCCUUGCUUUCAUUUGGUUAGCACCACAUUCUGGUCUUACCAUAAAAUGUUCCAACAGAAAUGAGAUUAAUCAGACCAGGCAACAAUCUUCCUUCCAAUCUUCUUCCAAUUUUGGUGAGCCUGUGUGAAUUGUGGCCUCAGUUUCCUGUUCUUAGGUGACGAGUGGCACUCGAUGUCUUUCUGCUGCUGUUGUUUUGAUAUGUUGUGUGUUUUGGAAAAAAAUCA